CCUCGUUCUCACCAGCCGCGCGCGUGCCUCCGAGACCCCCCGCCCCCCCACCACCACCACCCGACCCUCCUCAACUGUCACUCACGAGCGGACCAGGGGUUCGGCUGCCAGACUUCCACGGGGAGGAAACUCCAGAAAAAUACUAACCGAGAACCGCCACCCCGCCUCCCAGCCCAGACCUUCCCCGAGAUCCGAGCGCUGCUCUCCGGUCAUCAACAGAUCGGCGAAUCGGUGGUCCGCGGAGGAUGUGGAGCAGGCAAGACAAUGCGGAGGCAUGCAUGUGAGCGAGCAUGAUCGAAGCAUAUGACCGACUCGUGAGCGCCGAUAUCGGCUGUAAUCGCCGCGAGAGGUCGGUCCUCCUCCGGAGCAAAAUGAAUACAUAAAUAAAUAAGAAGGUGGUUCCGUUCAGAGCGUCAAUAUGACCCGAACAUCAUCACCGUCAUCCGGCACCGUUGUGACGGAACGGGCCCGCGGGGAUCUUGGCACCGCUUUUACGCAGCAGACCACAUAGUGAGCGACCACAUUGUGUGAAGAAAGGAAGGCUGACAUGGACAAAAGAAGAGAGGGGCUGUGAGGAAAAAAAAAAGAAGAAGAAGGGAUAAAAUGAAACGAGAAGAAUAAAAAAAAACUAGUGGAGAAAGUCCGGCAGAUCUUCAAGUUUGGACCGAGCCAAGUCCGAAAACCUCGUCCUCCUUCUUCCUGGGCUUCUUCUUGAAUCCUAAAGCAUCUUCACAGACUCGCACAGCGAGUCUGUGAACAGGUGAGAGAGGGACACUGUCUGCCCCACUGUCCAGCGACACCAUGAGCUGGAGCUUCCUCACGCGGCUGCUGGAGGAGAUCCACAACCACUCCACCUUCGUGGGGAAGCUGUGGCUCACCGUGCUCAUCGUCUUCCGUAUCGUCCUCACGGCCGUCGGGGGAGAGUCCAUCUACUACGACGAGCAGAGCAAGUUUGUGUGCAACUCGGGGCAGCCAGGCUGCGAGAACGUCUGCUACGAUGCCUUCGCCCCGCUCUCGCACGUCCGCUUCUGGGUCUUCCAGAUCAUCCUGGUGGCGAUGCCGUCCCUCAUGUACAUGGGCUACGCGGUCAAUAAGAUUGCGCGGCUGGACGAAGCCAAGGGAGGCGCUGGGGCCGCCGCGGUGAGAACCGCCGGGGGAGGGGGUUACACGCACAGGAAGCCCAGGAAAAUCUGCUUCGGGGCGCGACAGCACCGCGGCAUCGAGGAGACCGAGGAGGAUCGCGAGGACGAUCCCAUGAUCUACGAGGUCCCGGAGAUGGAGCCCCCCAAAAGGCCUCGCGAUCCGCUGCAACCCACGCCCCGACCCAAGAUCCGCCACGACGGCCGCACGCGCAUCCGAGACGAGGGGCUGAUGCGGGUUUACGUUCUGCAACUGGUGAGCCGCACGGUGCUGGAGGCGGGCUUCCUCACGGGUCAGUACCUGCUGUACGGCUUCCGCGUGAUGCCCGUCUUCGUGUGUUCGGGGAAGCCCUGCCCCCACAGCGUGGACUGCUUCGUGUCGCGGCCCACGGAGAAAACCAUCUUCCUGCGAAUCAUGUACGGCGUCACCGUCCUCUGCCUGACGCUCAACGUCUGGGAGAUGCUCCACUUGGGCAUCGGCUCCAUCUGCGACAUUCUACGCCGCCGCCGCUGCCCGCCUCCGGACGACGAGUAUCAGCUGGGCUUGCUGGGCACCAACGUGGGCGGCGAGGGCUCGGUCGGCGGCGCCGGACCGGAGGUGGGCUCCGAAGGCGACGCGGGCGGCGACGGACCGGCCGACUACGUCGGCUACCCGUUCUCCUGGAACACCCCGUCGGCGCCGCCCGGCUACAACAUCGUGGUGAAACCGGAGCAGAUGCCCUACACCGACCUGAGCAACGCCAAGAUGGCGUGCAAGCAGAACCGGGCGAACAUCGCCCAGGAGGAGCAGCAGCAAUUCGGCAGCAACGAAGACAACUUCCCCACCGGAGGCGAAGCCCGCGUGGCGAUCAACAAGGACAUGAUUCAGCAGGCCCACGACCAGCUGGAGGCCGCCAUUCAGGCUUACAGCCAGCAGCACCGCGCCGAGGAGCACCUCGCCGACAGCCAGGACGACAAACCCCAGAGCAACAUUAUCCAGACUCAGCCUCACAAAGAACGCAAGCACAGACUCAAGCACGGCAAGGGGGGCGGGAGCAGCGGCGGGGGCAGCAGUAGCAACAGCAGCAGCAGCAAAUCGGGGGAGGGAAAGCCCUCCGUAUGGAUUUAACUCAGAUGCGUAUGCGGUGUACAGACUCGAGUUCAAAACCGCCGGUGCCUUAAGCGGGUGUUCCUAAACCUUUUGGGUCCAGGGAAUUCCUUUCAGGGGACACAUUUUUCCAAGGGCCCCUUCGAAGGGGCGCCGGCCUGCUUUGCAUAUACGAACAAUAACACCUGAUGAAGCCUGCAACGCU